GCCCACAGCAAAAGCGGCAAGCAAUUCGAAUGGCAUUCUCAAUGAUAAAACUCGCAGAUUUUUCAUUCCCUUUCCACACUCGCUCUCUCACAGUAAACCCCAGAAAACCUUCUUGUCUCCUUUCGAUUCCAAUGUCUUCUUGGGCCUGCAAAAGAUGCACCUUCAUCAACCCACCUUCUCAAAAACCCACAUGCCAAAUCUGCUUUGCUUCUUCUUCUUCAUCUCCACCUUCUUCUCCUUCAGCCCCAAAAUGGUCAUGCAAGGCCUGCACUUUCUUGAACCAUUACAAGAGCUCUAACUGCGAGGUCUGUGGCACUCGGGCCUCGGUAUCGAGCUUCGAUGAUUUGAACGAUAUUGAUCUUGAUGAUGAUGAGUCUGGGGUGGUGGGGUCCGUUUUCUUGCCACUGCAGCGUUGCAAGAGGAAGGUGCGGGACCCAGUUGUGGGUGACGAAGAUUGCAUUGAAUUGGGUGGGUUUAGAGGGAUUAAGGCAUCGAAUAAGGCGGUGGCUGUCUUGGAGGACACUGGUUCAGGCACAGUAUCUAGUUCGUUGAAGAUUUUGAGCUAUAACGUUUGGUUUCGAGAAGACCUGGAAAUGCAUAAGAGGAUGAAAGCCCUUGGUGACCUUAUUGAACAACAUUCCCCAGACCUCAUCUGUUUUCAGGAGGUUACUCCUAGUAUAUAUCAUGUUUUUCGGCAAUCCAGCUGGUGGAAGACAUAUCGUUGCUCAGUUUCAAAUGAGAUUGCUAAUUCAAGUGCUUACUUUUGCAUGCUGUUAAGCAAAUUGCCUGUGAAAUCCUUCAGCUGUAAAGCCUUUUGUAAUUCUAUAAUGGGAAGAGAACUAUGUGUUGCUGAGGUUGAAGUUCAGGGGGACAAAACUUUGGUUGUCGCUACUAGCCAUCUUGAGAGCCCCUGCCCAGCCCCUCCAAAAUGGGAUCAGAUGUAUAGCAAGGAACGUGUAGAGCAGGCAAAGGAGGCAGUCAACCUUCUCAACAAGAAUCCAAACGUGGUUUUUGGUGGUGACAUGAACUGGGAUGACAAGUUAGAUGGUCAGUUUCCUUUUCCUGAUGGAUGGGUUGAUGCGUGGCAAGAGUUAAGGCCAGGGGAAAAUGGAUGGACAUAUGAUACCAAGUCCAACCAGAUGUUGGCUGGUAACCGUACAUUGCAGAAGCGGCUUGAUCGAUUUAUUUGUAAUCUUCGUGAUUUCAAGAUAAGUGGUAUUGACAUGAUUGGGAUGGAUGCGAUACCAGGUCUAUCAUAUAGCAAGGAUAAGAAAGUGAGGAAAGAGAUCAAGAAGCUGGAGCUUCCUGUUCUGCCGAGUGAUCACUAUGGCUUGCUUUUAACCAUCUCGAAACAGUAAUGUGUUUAUGGUAAAGCUUUGUUAACUAGUGAUUUCUUUUUGUCGAUGCUUCUGUGCAUGCUCUUACAUGCAGUUUUGUAUAGAUUUAAAAAAGAAAUGAUGUAAAUGAGGGGCAUCUUGUUUUGCUUUCUGUAUGCAACUUUUUGCAAAGAAUGAUGUACUUCCAAAUAUUAUUGCUAUUAUUGGACUGUUAAAUUGA